CUCGGCGAGGUCACCGCUCGGGGGGACAAGCGCGGAGGUGCCGUGGCAAGUGUGUCACCGUUUAGGAUUACUUUGCCGCCGGUGCCAGGAAUUAGAGCGGCGACGGAGGGGGUGCCAGCCGGAGGUCAGUUCGUGCCAGGCUGGCACCAAGAGCGGAUUGGAACCAAGUGUGGUCAAAUUUGCGUGGAGGAAAUUGUUUGGUAUAAUUAGUGCUAUCCUUGACUCGUUGUUUAAUGGUGUAUAUUGGAUCUUAUAUGCAGUAUGCGUUGUAAGAUAUUUAGUGUUGUGUUGAGUCAGAGCAAGAGAGUGGGUGCGUCGGUACGAAGCACAUACGCGCGACAAAGCUUUAGAUGGGUUCGAGUGUGACUCAACAAUCUUCAGCGGUUGAUAGAAAGGCAUUAUCUAGCGUCGCCCAAGUGAACCCUAGCUAGUUCUUGAGUGCGAGUCCUAGGGUGCAGGUGUUGGCUGGCAGAGGUAGUGAUAGAACACCUGGCGACGACCACCCAUCUGGCGGUGACGUCGUGCCAGCUACGGUGCCCUAGCGUGUCAGGGCAGUGUUGCCCGUAGACAUAGCCGCGGAGAGGCCUCGGAAACAGGACGCUCCGGCCCGGAUAACCCUCGCACGCCCCUCUUGCCUCCGCAGUACCUGGGGCCCCCAACCGGCGGCCCUCUUACAGGUGUCAUGUGACUCAGUGGUGCCGUCGUUCGCGUGGGUCGCCAGGUUCGCAGUCAGUGCAAGGAAGGGAAUUAAUAAGGAGCGACCGCCGCUACUUCGGCAUGAGCAACGUAGUCGCCAAGAGCCGCGCGGGCGCCAGCAGUUUAGGGUCGGAGCAGCUGAGACGAAGCGAUGAGGCGACGUGGCCCUCGGCAGGGAGUACUGCUCGCAGGCCUCUGACUGAUGCCCCGGAACAGCGCGAGCGAGCGUCGUCGCCCCUCCGAGAUGCCACCCCGCGCCGCAACUGCCAAGAAAUGGAGUCGGAGGGAGAAAUUCCUUUCAUAGAUGAUGAUAAUGACGAUGGUGGUGAUGGUGAUGCCUGUGAUGGUGGUGGAUGCAGUGGUAAGGAACAGGGGAUGGAUGGGACACGUGAUGGUAAUGCGGGCGAGGUUGGCGUUACCCUCAGGAACAAAGUGAUGAGCAGCUCGAAGCAGAAGCGGCGGGCCGAGUUCAUCCUCUCUGCUCCUCCCAGUCCUUCGUCCCCUCUGCUGUGCCCGUUCGCCUUCUCGCCCUCUGCCGCAGGACCCGCCGCCGCUCCCCCUCGCGCCUGCACUUCGCCAGCCCAGAUGUGUAGCGCCCCCGACUUCACCACCGCGUCGGCCUCGUCCGCCAGCAACUCCACCUCCACACCUGCCUCCACCCCUGCCUCCUCCUCCUCCAUCGCCGGCAGGUUGGUGUCUGCCAGAGCCAAGGCAGAGGCCAAGGAGCUGGUCAUCUUCAGGAGGAAGCGAGGAAGGCGGAAGGGGGACGACAACAACGCCAACAGGUGUGGCUGGCUGGCCGAAGUCGCGACCAUCGAAGAGGAGGCGAAGGCGGUGCCAGCGGCGUCGGAGGAAGAGGGAGCGGCCCUGCGCGGGGAAUCAGCGACUAGGUCUACAAGCACAGCAAGUAGCACGAAUAGUGCCAAAAGUACCACAAGCACCGAUGGCACCGUAGACACUGCGUGUGCCACAAGUACCACAAAGACCUCAAGCACCGGAGAUGCCACAAGCAUCCCAAGUACCACAAGCAUAAAUAACAUAAGUACAACGAGCACCACGAGUACCACAAGUACCACCUCGAACGGCACCGGUCCUUACGACGAAGACGACGAUAUUAUCAUCAGUCUCAUCCGAAAAGUACUGACUGAGGCGACCGAAGCGGAGACUGAAGCCAUCAUGGAGCACCGCGGCACCAAGGCCCUGGAGGUGUGGGCCAGGAGGGCCACCGAUGGCUACCAGGGGGUCAGCAUCACCAACAUGUCGACCGCCUGGCGCAACGGCCUCGCCUUCUGCGCUCUCAUUCACCGCUUCAGGCCGGACCUCAUGUGA